AUGUACAUCAGCGACGCGUUCUCCGUCGAAACCACAAGCUCAGCAGACCGCUCCUAUCUUUUUCCCAAUUACCCCACCUGCGAUACGCCCAUUUACAAGGUCCACAGCAAAAACCGAUUCGGCUCCUCCAAGAUGAAUGCCUUCGUAGACAAUCUUGACAAAAGUGAGAUUCACUCAGACCGUCCGGCCGGUCUGAGAUACACAACCGACUCCAGUCCGAAUGAGGCUGCAAAUAAACAACUACUUAAUGCUGGAAGUGGUUUGUCCUCGUUUUCACAAUUUGAUUGUGUUGUCAUGGCGACAUAG